AUGCGUUAUGCACAAAAACCAGUCACCUACCUCGAAGGUCAGGUCACACUGAGAGGUAACAAAUUAACAGAGUCGGUUAUAUGGGUGAAUGGCAUGAGAAUGGGAUAUGGUUACAAUCCAUCCAUUACCAAGGACAACAGGUGCCAAAUGACGAAUGGGGACGAGUUGACAGAAGUAUGCCGGCAAAUGAUGCAGGGGUUCCAGUCCUCCUAUAACAUUUGGGCAGCUUUUGUUACCAAUGCAACAUGUAAUUUCAUCAACGAGAAAAGAGUGUUUUUAAACAUGACUGGGCCAAAUAUAUACAAAUGGGAAGAGAUGAAGCCCGGAUAUGGCUGGAUUGACACAUUACGCUGUACAGCUCUGUGACAGAUAUAAAUUUGCUCAAUAAUUUUGUUAAAAAACCCCACAAAAAUGAUAAGAAAAAACAUCUUGGUGAUUGUUCUUCAUUUGAUUUGUGACACACAAUUACAAAUAUGGCGGUUAUAAACAGUAUUUGAUAGUGUAAAAAAGAUGGACACUGUGCUGAUAUUUUUUUGUUUAAAACAUUUGAUAAUGUUACGCAAUGCAUUGUUGUGCUUAAAGGUUAUGGGACCAGUUACGUUAAAGAGGGCAGGAUGAGUUUGGUUUAGUGUAGAUUAAGUUUUCUGAACAGAUGGUGACCAAAUAGUGUAGUACAAUACAUGUUCAUGAAAAGAGAAUGUUAAAUAGAAGAUGUAUGGUAAUUGAAUAACGUUAAAGUGCUUAUAAAUAAUAUGAAUGAAUAUGCCUGGAUACUAAGUGGAAUUUGUGAAAUGUGAUUUUACAAGGAUUUACCAUGUACUUGGAAUGGGAGUAUUAAAUAGAAGAUGUACAGUACCGAAUCAGGCAAGUGUGCUUGUAAAUAAUAUGAAUAUGAAUUAAAAAAGACAGGAUUCUAGGUGAAAUUUGUAAAAAAAUGCUUGCCAUAAUGAUUUACUAUACCAGUGAAAGUGUGUGAAAAUAUAAAAUGGUGUUUUGCAAUAUUUUAACACUGGUUACAUGGUGCUUAAUGUAAAUAAUGUUAUCUUUGUUUUUUGCCAUUUGUUUUCAUUUUAUUGUGAAUAUACAAAGUCCUUGGACUGCCUGGGCAAUGUUGAUUAUCUAAGUGUUUGUUAAAGAAUAGAUAUAUGAUAUAUCUACUCUUGUGGUGAGAUUCUAAACUUUGUGUUCAGUCUAACAGAUAUUGCAACGAAUUGUUUUGUUGAGUUGACUCAAUUCAACCAUUGUCUCAAAUCUUUAAUAGCUCAUUUUCUACUGAAUAUCCAAACAGAUAAUAAAAAGAAAGCAUUUAUAGUCAUUCUUGACGAAAAGAUGAUGAUGUCAAUAUAAUCCAAAAUUAUUUUGCAAUUAUCUUGGGCAUAAUUUAGAUAAGAGGCAUGAUUCAUUUUCCUGUAUACGAAUUAAUUUAUAAUUUUGCAAUGAAAUAUUAGAUAU